UUUCACGCUCUCUCUCUCUUUCUCUCUCUCUUCCCUCGACGUUUCACCCACGACUCGCUGGUCUUUGCGAUUCCACCAUCCGCCCGCGACCACAACCACCAACAAUUCACAUCGCCAUUUGCAGCCCCCAUCAGCCGUCUCCGACACGUCUCCUGCGAGCCGUACCGCGUCCACGAGUCUCGCGUGUAAGCGCACUGCCGACCUCCCCCCCUGCCCGACACCACGACCGCGACUCCGCUCCCUCCGGCCGCGAUCAUAACAACGCGCCUGCUUCGACCGGCUCCCCGCGGCUCUACAGCAUCACUUACAUCGGCCGAAGAGAAGGACGGCCGACUUUCGGCCCCGCCGCGCAUUUGCACAUCGAGUCUCGGACCAUGCCAUUGUAGCUUACCGCCACCAUGGUUCUUUUCAAGCGCAAACCGGUGCAGCUGCUGCCGCCCAAAGACGUCAAGGAUGACAAUGCAGAGGUCUGGCACAUCCCGCAGACCGGCGAGGUCUUUGCCCACUACGAGGACUACCUCACCAGAAUGGAUUUCUACAAACAGCGGCGGUUCAUCUGCCAGAUCACAGGGCACUCGGGCCUGACGUUUUUCGAAGCCCUGAAGAGCGAGCUCGCCGGCGCCGAAGAGGUCGAGCAGGCCUUCCCCGAAGCCCUCAAGGGCCCCGUCCUGCGUCGCGUCCAGUUCCAGACGGUAUCCCGAAUCGAUGCGCUCGUCGACCUCGUCUUUGACGAGUUCAGGGCCGACUACUACCCCGGCGAGGCCGUCACCGUCAGCACGGCCGAGGGCGAACGGCUGCAGGGAGUCGUGCGGGAAAAGACGCGGUUCGGCGGCAAGGUGCUGCCCGACGGCACGCAAACCGCCCCCUACACGCGGUACACGGUCAGCCUCGACGACCGGCCCGGCGUCGAGGCCGUCGUCGACGACGACCACAUCUUCCGCGACCGCAAGAUCUUCACCAAGUCGGUCCUGCGGUCGUUCAUCAAGAAGACGGUGACGCGCGAGGCCUGGAACGGCGCGCCGUGGCUCGUGAAGCACGACGUCGCCGCGCAGUACCACAUCGACUCGCGCAUCCCGCCUCACCUGCGCUACGAUACCAAGCUGAUGGAGCGGAAGCAGUUGCAGGCGCAGAAGCGGGCCAGCCACACCCCGACGACAACGACGACGACGGCGGCGGCGGCGGCGGCGCAGGACGCCCAGGGGGGGGCCAACGGCGUCAACGGCGCCAUGCAGCAGAACGGGCCCGCGCGGCUGCCCGAACUGAAGCCCGCGCCCAAGAACCAAAAGGGCAAGCACCAGUCGCCCGAGUUCCCGCAGGGCCAGAACGGGUCGCCGGGCAUGCUCGGGGGCGCCGACACGGGCAUCUUCCACGCGCCGCCCCACAAGAAUCCCUUCCAGCUGCCGCUCAACUUCCGGAACCAGCCGCUGCCGCACUCCAUGACCGCACCCGAGCCCCCGCCGCCCCCUCCGCUUCCCAAGUACCCCAUCGAGGACCUCCAGGUGCCGCUGAGGGAUGGUAUCGUCAGGCCGCCCUUGGCGUUCCUCUGCCGCGAUCCCCCGACCGCCUCCGAAGAUGUCGUCGUCAACGGCAGCGCCGGCAUCCGCGAAAAGAUGUCGAUGAAGUCGGUCGGCCCGUUCCUGGAGACGUGGGACACGCUGAACGUGUACUGCGAGAUCUUCAAGCUCGACUCCUUCACGUUUGACGACUUCGUCGAGGCCAUGUGCGUCGCGUCCGCGGACACGACGGUGCAGCUGUUUGAAGAGAUCCACUGUGCGGUGCUCAAGCAGAUCGUCAGCGGCGAGGCGGACGGCGGCAAGGUGAACGUGCAGCUGCCCGAGCUGGAAGACGAAGAGGACUCGGACGAGGAGUCCGACGAGGAAGAGGAGGAGACCAAGGAGCCGACCCCGGAGACGGACCGUCCCCCGGCGAGGGCCACGCGAAGCAGCCUCGCCAAGGCCGAGGCCGAGAGGCUGCUCGCGGAGGCGAGGGCUGCCGAGAAGGAGAGCCAGAACGCGGAGCCCGAGAUCAGGCACCGCGCCGAGGACGUGCUCGAAGACUACGACUGGAUCGAGGAGCUCAGGAAACGCAACUUCCAAGACGGCGGCUGGGAGCGCAUCAUGGUCGGCCUGCUCCACCAGCUGUCCAAGAACGAGCGGCUCGAGGAGCGGUGCGAAGACCUGCUCGCGCAGCUGUGCCCGCCCGACGUGGACCCGACGCAGGAUACGGUGCGGGAGCGCUACGCCGCCCUCGACGUCGACUACCGGGUGCAGGCGCUGCAGAUCGUCUGCAUGCUCACGACGCAGACCAAGGCCAUGCGCACGUACAUGGAGGAGUGCAGCGAGCAGAUGACGGCGUUCCGCAAGGAAAAGAUUGACUGGCAGCGCCAGAGGAAGCAGGCGAUCGAGGAGCUGCGCGCGCUCAAUGACCAACGCAAGAUCCUACUCCCCGAAAACAUGCCGCCGUCGCCGCCCGCCAACACCGAGCCCAAGGCGGAUGAGGACGUCAAGAUGACGGACGCCGACGAGUCGGUCGCGGACGCGGAAGACGACGGGGCCGACUCAGACGAAGAGGGCGGCGCCGCGCCGCGCCGGAAUUUCCGACGCGCCAACGACCGCGCGGCCGAGAGGCAGCGGAAGCGCAGGGAGGAGAAGGAGCGGAAGGAGAAGGCGGCCGAAGCGGCCAAGGCGCCCAAGCAGUCGAAGCAGUUCCUGAAGGUGCUCAAGGACAUCCAGAAGAAGGAGGACUUUAUCAAGAAGUGCGAGGAGGAGAUCGCCGUCAUCGACAACGACCUGCGCGAGGCCGACUGCGGGCGCACGCGCGUGCUGGGCAAGGACCGCUUCUGGAACCGGUACUACUGGUUCGAGCGCAACGGCAUGCCGUACGGGGGCCUUCCCGACAGCUCGACGGCGGCGGCCGAGUACGCCAACGGGUGCAUAUGGGUGCAGGGCCCCGACGAGUUGGAGCGUCAGGGCUACAUCGACACGGACGCCGAGUACCUCGCCGAGUACAAGAACAAGUUCGACAUGACAGUGCUCGAGCGCAAGAGGCUCGAGGAGGGCGCGACCAGCGUCUUCAACGCCCAGCAGUGGGGCUACUACAGCGAGCCGGAGCAGGUCAACGAUCUGCUCAAGUGGCUGGACCCCCGCGGCUUCAACGAGCUGCGGCUGCGUAAGGAGAUUGUCGCCUUCAGGGACAAGAUCAUCCAGAACAUGGAGAACCGGAAGAAGUACCUCGGUAUCGCGGAGGCGGAGGCGAAUGCGGAAGAGGAGGAGGAGGAGGAGGAGGAGGAGAAGAAGAAGCCGGAGAAGAAGGACAAGAGGCGAGACUCGAAGCGGAUGAGCACGCGGGGCCGGCAGCACGAGCCGACGCCCGAGCCGACAAACUACCGGUGCCUCGCGUGGGAGAAUACGACGGCGGUGGAGGAGCUCGGCCACCUCCACUCGGAGCCGCCGCCGCCGCCGCCGCCGCCGCGCUCCAAGAAGCAGACGGCCAAGAAGAGGCAGGCCGUCGAGCCGUCGCCCGAACCCGCGCCGGCGGCGAAGACGAGGCGGCGCAAGUGACGUACGUACACACAUGCCGAUGGGACGGCCGCAGCACGACGGGGGCAGUCUUCACUGUAAUUAUAGACAUGAUUGCGCGGGACGGUACAAAGGGGCCUGGCGUGGCGUGAGCCGCCCCCAGAUAGACUCUUUUUUCUCUCCCUUUUUUUCGGCUGGCGUUUGACCCGGACGGGGCUUGUUUACGGUGUUUUGGUAGAAGAAAAAAGCGGUGUCCUGACAGACGAAAAAAAGAAGACAACGGAGGCAUCCCACGCACAGCACACGCAUACGAUGGAGGGAGGGUAUCAGUAUCGCUUUUUCUUCUUUUUCUUCUUGCAGCAUGGUUGGCGAUGGCUUCAAGCAUUGGGCGGUUCUGGGCGGCGGUGGCGUGCGGUCUGCAUAUCGGCCACAUGGGCUAGGUUUAGGAUUACAAACACUCUACAAAAACACUUGUUCGACGACGG